AUGGCAGACAUCGAGGCCAACAUCAAGAGCGACUGCGCAGCUCAGAUCUUUGCCGUUUUCCCGGAUAUCUGCCCCGAGUACUUCGAGAAGACAGCCACGGAGCUUCUUUACGAUGUCGACAAAAUCAUCGAGGAGAUUCUAGGCGCUUCCUCAUAUCCCAAGAAAGCCCGCUCAAAAAGUCUCAAGCGCAAACGCGAGUCUCCGGCAGAAAAGGAUGAGAUCUCCAAGGUACGGCAACUUUACGACUUCGCCAAUCGUCCUCCGGAGAGAGCACAUGUCUACAUUAGUAUCUCGAAGAAAGUGCUCUCCCAAGACUUCCCGCGAGCUACUAUCAAGAGUAUCACGAAACUACUAGCAGAGCACAAUAAUUGUCUGAUGCAGACAUAUCUCGCUUUGGAUGAGAUCACCCGCGAUUGGAAAUCAGGCAAAACUAAAGCCCACUUCGAGUUCAAGAAAACCAGAACACCACCUAAUCCGGAGCUUGAGCCGGCGAAUUUAGAUGGGACUAUUCGCGACUCAACAACUCCUGACAGGACAAGAGCUCUCGAGGAACUACGGGCUGCUCGGCAGGUAUGCGAAGCAGAUCAGUCUAGGCGGAACACAGCAAGGGCCAAAGUUCUCGAGGAAGAAAAUAACUUCAAGCAAGCCCAGGAAGAAGGAACUAUUGCUGAAUGUGGCUGCUGCUUCGACGAACAACCGCUGAACCGCAUGGUUCACUGCGACAACCCGGACGCUGAGCACUAUUUCUGCUUCGCUUGCGCGCGAAAGUGCGCUGAGACAGCGAUUGGACUCGCGAGAUUUCAACUCAACUGUAUGUCAAUGGACGGCUGCAGCCAUGAUUUCUCUCAUUCCCAGCGGGCGAUCUUCCUCGACGACAAGCUGCAAGCAGCGCUUGACCGCAUAGAAUUUGAAGCAGCUCUACAAGCCCAAGGCUUCGAGAAUCUCUCAGCAUGUCCGUUCUGUCCAUACGCCGCCGACUGCCCUCCAGUCGAGGAGGACAAAGAGUUCAGGUGUGCCAACCCUGAAUGCGAGAUCGUCAGCUGCCGCCUAUGUAAAGAAGAGACACAUGUUCCCCGGACAUGUGAGGAGGCCGCAGCCGAAAGCGGAAUAUCGGAACGUCGCAAAAUCGAGGAGGCCAUGUCUGAAGCCUUAAUCCGCAAAUGCAACAAAUGCGGCACUCCUUUUAUUAAAGAGGAAGGCUGCAACAAAAUGACUUGCACCAGGCCAGGAUGCAGAAAUGUGCAGUGCUAUGUUUGCUCUAAAUCUUGCGCAUACGAUCACUUUGACGACGCUGCCAGAGGGGGAAAGAAGGGAAACUGCCCCCUCUUCGAACAGACCGAGGUUCGCCACGAGAAAGAAGUUCGGCAGGCCGAGGAGGAAGCCCGCCAGAAGGUCUUAGCAGCCAAGCCCAAGUUGAACGAAGGGCUUCUCAAAUUCAACAUGUCUGAGCAUGUCACGAAGGGGGAGAAGAAAACCCGAAGUAUGGCACACAUUGAACGAGGUCCGCAAGUAGUCCAGCGUCGGCACGCAGGUGUCGACCCGGUCGGAGAAGCUAUGAGACUGCAUCUGGAUCCAGACGCACUAGCUGCUGAGCAAAGAAUCCAGGCUCUAAUUGCCGGCGAGCAGGCCGCCUGGAACAAUCGGCUAGGUCUUCAUCAAGCCAUCGCGCAAAACCCAUCGCAGGCUCAGCCUCCUGAGCAGCCCAAGCCGGUUCGCCUGGCCAGACCAGCCCAGCCGGCAAUACAGCAAGCGAUGGCUCUACAACACGGAGCAAAUGCACUGCCUGGAGCUCAGAAUCUUGCGGUCGGUGGUCCACAAAUUGCGGCGCCCUACAAUCCUGUGGUUCCUAGGUAUUCGUCAAAGUUGCCUCUGCCGAUUCAGCAACCGCUUUUCCCACAGCCGAUUCCCCCAGCAGCGUAUCAGUUUCAGGCUGGCAACAAUGGUAACCAGUCUGCCCAGCAGAGACAGCCACUCGCGCAACAUCAUGUGGUUCGGCCACAUCGUGACGGACACAAUACUGGAAGGCAGGUACCGAACGCAGCGGCCAGAGCCGCCCCGCAGGCGGUGAAUGGUCUUUUCGGGGUUCCUGAUGCCGUCGCCAACAACAAAUGGAAUCAACUGAAUAUGCCGCCAUUUGGCGGGGGGAUCGAUCCAUUCGAACUCGAUAUUGGCUUCGAAUUGGGACUCAUGGCUCAGCAACCCGCCAACAUUGACCACUCCUAUCCGAUGUCACUGUUCGGUGCCGAGGCAAACAACCCUCCUGUGCCAGGUGGCAUGAACUUUGGCAACAAUGCUUAUGGGAAUCCGGUGAACUAUGUGGUUCAGCAACCAAGGGAUGCGUCCGAGCUCGGGAGAACUAGAGAUAACCCCCUGGAGCUCGACUAG